UUGCCGGAAAAAGUCAAUUCAAUGGUCCGAUACCAAAGGAUCUUUUCUUCCUUUAUCAUCCAAACGAAGUCGCAAAAGGCCUCUCUGUCUACUAGCUCACUACUUCGCCAUGGGACAGGUGCUGGACAGACUACAAGGUAAGCAAUGGAGGCGAAAGCAAAUACAAAAGAUUACAGACAAGGUGUUUGAUCAUUUUAAAAAUGAGUCAGGAAGGGCUAACUUGACAUUUGAAGAUCUGUACAUUGGUGUACUACUUGUGUACAAUGAUAUCAAUAAGCGUUUACCUGGCCCACAUUUUGAUCCACCCUCCAAAGACCAUGUCAAGGCUUUGCUUCAGGAAAACGAUAUCAAUCUCGAUGGAGAAAUUGACCGUCAAGAGUUUACGAAGUUCAUCAAGCAGCUGACAGCCGACACAUUCAUUGUAGUCAGUCAGGGACUGAUCCUGACAUUGGUUGCAGCACCAACCAUUGCAAUGGCAACGAAGAGGGCUACGGAGGGUGUACCAGGCAUUGGGAAGGUGGUGCAGAGGUUACCCAAUUCAGUUUAUGCAUCCCUUCUGACUCUUGCUGUUGUGUUGUUUCAGCAAGCGAGCCAAGAGUUCUAAGUGCCGCAAGUUUGUUCUAGGCUCAAUCUCUUGAUUUCAUGUUCUAUUUAGGAAGACUUUAUAUAGACGUGGGUAAAAGAAGUUUGUCUCGUCAGUCGGGACGUUAUGUGGGCAUGCUUGUUUUUUUUUUUUUUUUUUUUUUUCCCCCUUGUAUGAAAUGGUUUGUAUACAAAUAAACCAAUAAUCCAUUCGUGCAAACUUAGUUUGAACUUGAUGACAGUUUUCAAAUCUCAAUAUAAAUAUAGAAAACUUGGAUUUCAAUGAGCUGAA